AAAAAAGGCAGUGCGGUUGCCUUCAGCAAAUGAGGACAGGGUUUCCUUUUUUCAGGACCUUGUCUGAGUUCUGAAAGUGUUUGCAUUGAUUAGUAAGGCAUUUCUUAAUUGGCAGUAAGAGUGGAAGGUUCUUGGGUCUGCUCAGUCAAAGAAUAAUGAGCUGAGCUAGUCCUUUUAGAUGUAUCUGAUCAUCAUUUUACAGCAGGCAUUAGUAACUUUCCCGGAAAGCAGACAAGAAAACUCAAAGGAUGUGCGUCGAACUAUGAUGAAUAGUUUUAUCUAACAAAAACAUUUUUUUUUCGAGUUUCACCUAUGUGAAAAAGUGACCAUCACUUCAACGUAUUAUGACGGGGUUGGAAAAAACUUUCCUGGUGACCGACAAAGUAACCAAGAUGUAUUCGCUAACUAUAGACAGGUACAUUUUUCAUUGUUUUUUUUUUUGAAUGAUUGUAUUUGUUUAACAGAAUGGAAGGCAGUAUAGUAGCCAAGAUCGGUGAUGAUACUCUCAUUUAAACUAUUUCUUAACAUGAAAGUCAGAUUCAGCUAUAUCUUUUGUAACCUGGAUAAAAGCUAACAUUUAUUCAACAGCAUUAAGUAUUCACAAACAAAUCCGAUAUUUUAUAUGUAUAUAAAAUAUUUCAUACUGAUAUUCUCUUCAAGCAAGAAGUGAAGAUAUACAAACUGUGAACACAAUUUUUUUUUCCUUUUAAAUAUUAAUGUAAAGUAGCAAAUUAUGUCUCUAUCUAUAUUUAGAAUCAUAAAAUUAUGGAAUAUGUCCCGAACAGAUAUAUAUUGAAUUGUUGGAAACUGAAAUCUGAGUUUGCAAAGUUAAGGCUAUAAUAUCCGAGUUGGAAAUAUAGUUAGUGAGGGAGUUAGUUUUUUUUUAGUUUUUUUUUUUUAAAAGCUCAUCUUCCUAAAUUAAUCAAAAUCAGGUUUUCUUGAUACCACUACAAAAUUUUUUUAAUUUUUUUAUCCAAAUCCAAGCCAUUUUAAGUGAAAUUGAAGUUAUGUAGUUUAGCUACAGCUGUGUAGCAGAGUGGCGGGGACAAGAAGCAGAUCUUAAGAGCUAUAUAAACCAUGCACACACUCCCAUCACUCCUAAACAACUGCUUUGAUUGUCACAUUGGCCUCGAUGUAACACCAAACCAAAAUAGAUCCCUGCUCUCUAUCCCAAACCUUAACGUACUCUUUUAAAUCAUAUAUUUAGAUAAUAUGUUUUAGUAUCAUUUUAUGAGAUGUAAGCUCACCUGCCAAUUUCAAGGCAAACCUCUAAUAUGAGUUCAUUUUAACAGCUACCGAGACUGCUUCCAGCUCAGAGGGAAAGUCUCUAAUGAGGCAGAAAUUAUUAUUAUUGUAACAAAACUGUGAUCCAAAUGCAUGAACGCAUAGUAUCCCUGCGCUGAAACUCCCAUCAUUCAUUUUGGGCGAUUGCAUUGGCUCUAAUAGUUACCCUAAAUAUAUAUAUAUAUAUAAACAAUAAAAGGAAAUAGUUACCUUCAUGCUAUCCAAACACCAAUGCAUGGUUUUAAAUAGUGUAGUUUAAGCUCACUUGUCAAAGUCAAGACAAAUCUCUUUGUGAGUCUAUCCUACUGUAGCAGUCACAAUGGCUACAAGAUCUCCACCGAGACAGAAAUAGUUCAUCUUAUAAAACCCUGUACUCGAAUUAACCCUAAAUGGGGAGCACACAGGAUGUAAUUCAGAGGAACAGGGGUACAACAACAUUGAAACUAGAAGCUGAAAAGAAAAGAUGUAAAAGUAUAGAUCAAUUAAAUAAAACAAUGCACGACAGGUUUGAAUACCAAAGGGAUUUUAAUUUUCUUAGAAUACAAUUCAACCAGUUGGAAUUUUGGAAAUCCAUUUGUUUCACAUUAGACAGCUCAACUAUGUUCUUUGAUUUGUGACUUUCACAUUAGCUUUUAAAAUUUGUAUUUUUGUUUUCCGAGUUAUUCAAUAAAGUUUAAAUGACCAUAAAUUCAAAUAUAAUACAACCUUGUAGGUCAUUGAUAGCUAUUAAAAAUAUUUUGUAAAAUGACUACAUAAUAAUUCCAAUUAUAUUUGUCAGAAUUAUUUAAAAGUGAGUGCAGGUACUACAGCAGCAAUUUUAUGAAGUCUAUGUCCAAAAUCGGAUAUUUGUUUCUAAAUGAUGUAGCUUUUUACCUAUUUGUAAUGUUUACUUUUUACCUUUCUCUGUGAACAUGGAACAGUGGAAAGUAAAUUGUUUGCCUCUUCCUUCAACCAUCAAUAACUGGUCUGUUUGCUUUUUAUUUUAUUUUCCAAAGCAAAAUGAUCAGAUAUCACAUAAUGAAAUAUUUUGAAACAAAUUCUCAAUUAUAUUUUAAUAUGGAGAAAGGAUUUCCUGAAACCCAUUAGCAUCACAUUUCAAAAACAAAAAUAAUGUAAAUAUUCCGGUAUAGAGAUGUAUUGCAUCUAUUUACAAAUUGCAAGAAUUUGAUUAGACUAACUGUAGAAAAUAUUUUUUGGCCAGUGUUUGAAGUUUUGCUUUAAAAUUUGCAUUCUGUUUUUUUUUUUGUUUGUUUGUUUUUAGUUUCCUGAACUAUGUGCGGAGAAGGAUUAGGACAGGGCUCUAGACUUACUGGUUACUGGUUUGGGGUAAACUUUCAAAUAGGGAUGGUGAAUGGAUGGGGCCAACAAACACAUGGUUCUGGGAUCCCUGUCCAACCCCUAGGUACUAGCCAGGAGUCUAAGGUCAUUUUGUGUUUAAUUCUGCAUUGGUAGACAGAGUUUUACUUUACUAUUCUAUACAGUUUAAAUUUUCAGGAAUGGGUCACCUAUGUAUUCAUUUAAUCUAGUUUGGCUUAAAAUGUUACAUUCACUUUGAAUUCCUGACAAUUCAUUCUUGGUUAACUUAUCUUUAAAUGGACUUCAAAACAAAAUAUCUAACGACAGAAACUGCCAGUUCAAGCUUUAGAACUCCAAAAAAUACCAGCUGGUAGAUCAUGCCAAGGGUGAUGUUAACUAAUAACUAUAACCAAAAUAGUUAUUGUGAUCGUUACCUUGUAAAGUCCCAGGCUUUCAAUCUCAUGUUAAUUGGAAACUACAAAACCAUUGAGAUGCAUCUUUUCAGAUUCACUUUAUUUACUUAGAUCUGAAAUUCGCACCACUAAAUCACCACUAAAUUGAUGAAAGGGUUUACUAUUGAAAUUGUAGAAAGUGACAGUAUGUAAUAACAAAGAAAAAUAGAAGAGUGGCAGUAUCUAAAAUAAAAAUAGGUAGAAUAUGAUGACGUAAAAGUUAAAGCAGCAUUGUCACCAUCUGGGUGCUUUGCCAAAUUCGAAAAGACCCCGAUGGUGGUGGUCAGGUGGCCAGAGGAACAGGAGCCACUGUCAAUGCUGUAUUCUUGUGCAUGCGGCAAGAGUACAGCAUUGAGGUUUAUGGAAGAUCCCGCAAGACCACUGGAUCCACACACAGUGGACAGAGCCAAUUCAAUAGAGAGAGCAAAUUCCCUGCAGCUGUCACUGGUAACGGCUGUCGGGAUUGACACUAAAACUCUGCCUAGAGUCUUAGAAAGUCAGGCAGAGGAAAUAAACAGAGACAAAGUAGUCCCUACUAAUCCCUCGUGACUGGGUUGGUAUUUCAGUGAAACACCAACAUAGUCAAUAUUUCAUAAAGAUUCUAUGGAAGCCUUAUGCAGGAGGCAUAUAAUUGAGGUAACAGCCUGCAAUAGUGUAAACCAACCUGUUACCAUAUGACAAAGUUAGAGGAACCAGUUCUAUUGACAAUUUGUUUAUCAGUUUAUAUAUUUUGUAUUCAGCCAUUAUGAAACUACUUCUAAUGAAACUGACUAAUAGAUUAUUUUUAGGCACUUUGUAUCUCACCAAGUAUAUAUACAUUCUAUUAAAUGUGAUUGCUAUUUUUAUUCAUUUCACAUUCUAAAUAAUAAUUAUUUUCACUCUGUGCAUCAAGGCACACCUUCAGGAAUGUCUUUCAUGGGCACAGCAUUUGUGAGAAAUCAUGCUGCUACACCAAAAUAUACUUCUGGAUACAGGGCCGUCUUUAUUAUUGAUUGGACACUGGGCAAAGCAUUUGCUUGGGCCCACUGGAUCCUGCCCCCCUCCUCCCUUGCAUGCAAUCACGCCAUCCACCCCAAUGGAGUGGUGGAACUAAAGUAAAGCAAUAAUUUUUUUUGGCCCCCCUAUUGCAAGGGUGACAAAAAAGGCAGAUCCAACUGCAACUCCAACAAUGCAUUGAUAGCUGGGGAUCUACCAUUUACCCAUGUUUGCAGGUUUGUAUUUAGCACUGAGCAGUGUUUGUGUGUUUGAAUGUAAGCAUGUUUGUGUAUGGAGUAUGUUUGUGUAAAUGUAGGGAUGUGCUUGUAUGUGGUGUUUGCAUUUGAAUGCAAACAUGUAUUUAUGUGUCGUGUUGGUUUUUGAAUGCAGGGGUGUGUUUAUAUAUAAUUUUGAUGUUUAACGCAGGAGUGUGUUUGUAUGUAGUGUUGAAGUUUUAAUGCAGGGGUGUAUUUGUGUGUUGUGUUCAUGUGUGAAUGCUGAGAUGUAUGCACUUAUACAUAUACACACACACUGAAACACAUGCAGAUACACAGAUAUACACACUGACACACAUGCAGUUAUACAGACACAUAUACACACACUGACACACAGAUAAAGUCACACAGACUGACACCCAGAUACACAGCCUGACACACAUGCAGAAACACAGAAAUACACAAUGACAACAUACAGACACACAGAUAUAUACACACACUGACACACUUGCAGAUACAUAGAUAUACACACAGACUAUAUACAGACAGAUACUACACACACAUAUAAACACACUGACUCAUACACACAGAUACACAGACACAUAUAGUGACACACUGACACAUACACACAGAUACAAACACAUAUAGUGACAGACAUGCUGACACACACAGAUAUACACUGACAAACAUACUUAUACAGACACAUGCAGCAGACACAUACUAACACACACAGACAUACUGAAAUACAUGCUGACACAUUCACCGACACACACGUACACUGACAUACUGACACAUACAUACAUACUGAUACAGACAUAUGCACACACACACACACAUACUGAAAUACAUACAGACACAUACUCUGACAGCCAUACCGACACACACAUACAGAUAAACAUAUUUAAACACAUUCACAGACAAACUGACAGACAUACUGACACACACAGACAUAGACACUGACAGACAUUCAAAGACACACACACACACACACACACACAAACUGACAGACAAACACAAAAUGUACACUUUUAAGCCCAUCCUCCAGUUUCUUACCUUGGAGAGUUGUGGCUGGUGGCUGAAGCUGUUGGGAGGUGGGGGUCUGUCUCUCCUGGCCUGUCCCCUCCUCUCUGCCUCCUCCGUCUCUCCCGCGCAGCUCUUCUCUUUGUGGGAGAAAGUGACUCACAGCUGUCACUUGCUCCCAUAUUUCCAAAAAGCAAGAAGGCCUGGUCGCGCCCUUAGUGCAUGGGCCACCCGGUGGGCUUCCUUAGUGUGCAGGUCCCCGGCAGCACUGUUGGGCCUAUGGAGGGGAAAAAUAAAUGGUUGAGGACAGUGGGGCCCACAGGGCUUCUGCUUCGGGCCCCCUGUUUGCCCCGCGUUAAAGACGGCCCUGUCUGGAUAUGUAAAUGAGCAGAGAGAAGCAUCAUGGUCCAAAUUCACCCAGCAAUCUGCAGGCACCCAUAGAAAUGGGAUUCUGUUUCAAACACAGCUUUUUAAACCAAAGUAUAUGUUGUGAUAUAAAACCAAUGCUUUGGUUUAUACGGCUGCAUUUAAAUGUUUCACAAACCUCAUUGACCAGCAUUGGUCAAAUCUGACAGAAGGGAUUUCCAUGUCUUAAACAAUACUGGGAUUCUGGUGUUUCCAUGGUACCAACAGAGAAAUGAUCCAUGCUGGUGGUGCAAAAGACACCUGAUGAUGUAAUUCAUUGACUAUUCCUUAAAUGCAGGCUUCAAUGGGAUUUCUAAUAAUGUUUUUACUACCUAUAUCUUAUAAAUAUGUGUUGGUGAGUUGUAUAAUAAUGAAGUUAAAGGUGAGGGCCAGGUAAAACACUUUGAUAGUACUAUUAGAUAUACAAAGCCUGUAUGAUAGCAAUUACCUACAUCUGCAACAUUGAAACCCAGUAGCAUCUAAAAUAAGGAGUAAUAUUUCUGUAAAGUAGUCAGUCUGGCAAAAGCUCAGAGCAACACUGGUGACAACACAAAAUAGAUAGGUCCUUUAAUACUUUAAAAAUUAUAUACCUGUUUUACAUUAUAACAACAAUAUACAAUAUUUGCAAUAUUAUAACCAGUAAAAUAAAAAAACAGGAUUUGCAAGAAGCACUGUUUCAGUGUGUCCCAGUGUCUUGAGUGCAGUACAAGCGUGUCUAUUGAUGUGUUCACGCUAUGUUUUUUGGGGACAGUUCCCUGGUAUCGCCAAAGUCAGGAUGGCGGGACAGGACGGGAAAGACGUGACUUUCCUGUCAAAAUUUGAGAGGUUGGGAGGUGUGUGAAAGUGUUGUUGGGCUGGAAGCAAAAUUUGAUUGUUGAAAAAUUCAAAUAGUCCGUAAUAAUAUAUUCCUAGGACCAAACUCAUAUAUACUAAUUUAUAUAUUUUUGAUCAGAGGGCAUUCUUCAUCCUCUGUUUUCGAUAUUUACCCUGUAAUCACCCUGCACACAAAGACAUUUUAUUAAACUUCGCUGAAUUAUUAGAUGGAUGCCAGCACUGCAGUGGUUACCUGGGUGUUAGGGGACAUUAUGGGAAAUGUUGUGAUUUUCUUUUUGUUAGAGGUGUUUAUUACAAUACCCUUUUUAUUCAAUUCUAUAUUAAUUCGAAAAUUAAUCCCAAAAUAUUGCUGCAAUAUGAAACUGAAAAAUUAUUAAUUUAAAGGGACAGUGUGAUUCUAGAUUCUAGUGUGAUUCAAAGCUGUCAGGGUGAUACUUUAUAUAGUAUUGUAUUUAAAAACAAGAUGCAUUUAUGAUUACAUCAUCAGUUUGCUAGAAAACAAUAUUCACACCUCUUUAUCCUGCAACUGGUUGCUGCCAUGUUAGUUCCCUGUCAAUCAUUGUUAUACGCUCAGCCCUUUGUACCUGGCAAUCAGUAUAGAAAAAAACAAACAGUGAAAAAUAGAAAUGAAACUAUGGGGGAUAUGUAUUAUUAUUAUUAUUAUUACUUAUAUAGUGGCAACAAAUUCUGUAGCGCUGUACAAAGAAUAGACUAACAGACAUGUAAUUAUAACCAGACAAGUUGGAAGAACGGGAGCAGAGGGGUUGAGGCCCUGCUCAGUGAGUUUACAUGCUAGAGGGAGUGAAGUAUAGUGACACAAACGGUCAAAGUGGGGUAGAAAAGUGGGUUGCUAGAAAAGUAUUCACUGAGGGCUUCGUUGGUUAUUCUUGGAAGUUGCGGGAGAGGAAUCAGGGUGCAGGAGGGAAAGCUAGUAACAGUUUAAUUGACACGCUUUCCUAAAGAAGUAAGUUUCCAAUGUUUUUUUCAAGGAGUGGAGAUAGGGUAAAUGUCUAACAGAGAGUGGAAGGAAGUUCCACAGGAACGGUGCAGCCCUAGAGAAAUCUUUAAGGCGAGCAUCAGUGGUGGGAGUAUGAACAGAGCAUAGACGUAGGUUUUCAGCAGAGCGUAGCGGCCUCGAAGGGACAUACUUGUGUAUUAGGGAAGAUGUUCUGCUCUACAAAGUGGUGCAAAAAUGUGAAAGGUAAGGAGUCACCAAUGGAAUACGACUGCUGGUCCCAUUGGUUUCCGUGGCGAUUGCCUCACGUUUUGCACUUUGAUAAAUAACCUAUACUAGUUCUAUUUCUUCUCCUUAUUAGCAUUAAUUUUGCCCUGGCUUUGCCCUGUGUAAACUAGAUUAUGAGAUUAUGAUAUAAAUUGACAUAUAUAGAUUUUCUUUAAGCUGGCAUUCGAGAGCCUGGCAAUUUUAAGUAUAAAGGGUUGCUCCAACCACCGUGUUCACUUUUCCUUUUAGAAGUAGUCAUGGUGGUAGGAAUGGUUUUUAAUGCCCUCUCUCCUUUGCCCACCCCCACUUUCACACUCCAUACCAUUCCUCCCUACCAUCCUCAGCGUGCCUGCACUCUGAGAAAUGGAGAACGGUCCAAUCAAAUGAUGAUCAAAUCUAUGAUCUGCGAGGGAGGUCGGGAUGUCAGAUGGAGCUUGGAAUCCAGCAUGUGAUUCUAGCUUCAUCUUUGGAGUAACCCUUUAUGCAUUGCUAAAACCAAUAGCCUGUGGAUAGUUGGUGCCAAUGGAGAGUCGCAUUAGAUAAAUCAGUUUAGAUGCCGUUCAUUGGCUGAGAGCUCACAGGCUAUGAAUUCUAGCUUAAAAUGGGUUUGUCCCCAAAUGUAUGUCACCAAAUUUUAGCUCUAUACCCUAUUGAAACUAUAACAUGUUAUUAUACUUGGAAAAACAUGCAGCAUUUUGACAUUGUAGGCAAAAAUAUCUAAGCUGGAAUAUUUCUCCAGGUGAGCAAUGUGUCUGUUCAACUACUUUGGCGUAAUCUUGAAAUUCUGGGAUGAAUUUUCGACAAUUCAGAGUUUAGCGAAUAACCCUGAUAAUUUUAUUUUUUUCCCCCCGUAAAUGAAAGAAAUCUAUCUGAUAGAUUGCACGGCUCUCUCUUGUAUAUCUGUAUUUAUUACUGAGUGAGUCUGCAAGUCUCCAAAGUAAUUGUACGUUUUAAUUAUUGAAGCUGAUUGGCUUUUCAUUGUUUUCUGAUUGCGUUUAAUAUUUUAUUCGCUAGAGUUAAAUCAGAAGUUGGAAAGGUGCCCAGGUAUAGCAUUAACAAAGGACUCAGGCUUUUGUCUAUUCCUAAUUCAGUUACUAAGUACUGCUGAAAGUUAUUAGAGUGCAAAUAAAUGGCUAAUUAGUUCAGACAGGGCUGUUCAAUAAAGACACAUGUUAGAAAGCGGAUGGAGUAAUGUAAAUAAUUCUCUUUCAUCGGAAUAAAAGUUUGUGCAUCCUUCAGCAAAGAAUAGCUUUUCCUUGAAAAUCAUUUAAGAGGAAUUGAUUGCAAAUAAAUAUAUUAAAUGCUAUUAGGCUGAUGUACUAGAAUCUAUUGUACAAAAACUUUAUUUCUGGAAAAUUUAUGCCAAAAUGCCAUUUUGAAAAUGGUACUUAUUAGCUGAUGUAUCUCAGAUGCUAUGCCAUGCCAGAAAAACCUCUCCAUACAAAUAUAAACACAUUUUACCGGGAAGCACAGAAAAUGACAGUCCAUGCUUGCAUUGGGCUAAUGUACUUACGCACAGAAACUGACACAUUUUGACCUAGAUCCUACACAAGCUCAUGGCAGGAGUAAGAAUUGGAAAGCCUUCCGAGAUGUGGAAUGUUUCAUAUCUAUUUUCAUGUCAAAAAAUGUUUUAAACGUUUGAAUGCAUGUGUCAAAAUGACAUGUCAGCAGUAAUUAACCCAAUUAAAGGAACACUAAAGAGUUAGAAAUAUAAACAUGUAUUCCUGACCCUAUAGUGUUAAAACAUUAUCUAGCCCCCACUUCCUUCCACCUAAAUAUAACAAAAUCUUACCAUUAUUCGAGUCUUCUGGUACUGGCCCUGCCUCUGAUCUGCCUCCUAGGCUAACAUCAUCAGAAGUGAUGAUCUCAGCCAAUCACAAUGCUUUUCCAUAGGAUGGAAGGAUUUAAACGACGCCCUGGCCAAUUAGCAUCUCCUCAUAGAGAUGCAUCGAAUCAAUGCAUCUCUAUGAGGAAAGUUCAGUGUCUCCAUGCAGACGGUGGAGAUACUCGAUGGCAGUCACUGUGCAGCACUGCGCCAGGGAGCACCUCUAGCAGCCAUCUGAGGAGUGGCCACUGGAGGUAUCCCAUAGGCUGUAAUGUAAACACAGCCUUUUCUCUAAAAGUAUUUACAGCAAAAAUCUUGCAGGGACUGACUAAAGACACCAGAACAAAUACAUUAAGCUGACUGACAAAGAGGAAAAACAUCUGUGUACCUAAAUCGUAACAGCAUCUAAAUACAACAUUAUCAGCAUGAAUCCAUUAGUAAACUAUUAACAAAUAUGCAUUAUACCCAGAUACCUUUUAAUUAAAGGGACAAUCUCAGCACCAUAAUCAUUACAGCUUAAGGGAUACUAUAGUACUAUAAAUACAAAGAUGUAUUCCUUGCACUAUAGUUCUCCUCCGACGUAAUUCGUUGUGGGGGCUACUGUGCCACAAGUGCAUUAGGCCCUACUCACAGGAAACCAUUGACUCAAUGAUACUGGAUUUCCUUAUGCAUAACGUGAGGACUGUCUUACCACUACAAUGUAAACAUCGCUGUUUCUCUAAACCUGCAAUGAUUUACAUUGCAGGACUAAGUGUGACAGGGCACUGCACCCAGGCCAUUUCAGUGAGCUGAAGUGGUCUGGGUGCCUAUAGUGUCCCUGUAGUGGUGCAAAGAGCCUAUCCCUCUCUAAGUACAUCGCCAUCUUUGGAUGAUCGACUUUCUGUGUCUUUAUGUCAGCUCUAUGAAAAUGUCAAACUUUCUCCAUAUAUGGGAGCCCCAUAUCUACAUCUAUCCAAUGUCACAGGAAACAACCAAUCUAUUUUUUUUAUGAAAACAUUUAAAUCUACCCCCAUACAUGUGGAGUAGAGCAUUUUUGAACAUAUAUUAAUCGGUACACGGAUCUCUUCUUUUAAUAGAUGCUUUACACUUCAAAUCUACCCUAUAGGACUCAUGGCCAUGAGUUAUUUUUUUCCUGUAAAAUAUCCAUCCAUCACAGAGCUAAAUCUAAAUUUCACAGUACUUGUAUUGUCACAUAUUACUGCUGAUACAUUUUGUUCUUGUCACUGUGGAAUGAACAAUAAAAAAAAUAAAUGGAAAUAAAUAAAUAUACGAUAAAAGGGCAAUUUCUCCUCCUCUGAAAUACUUAUUUGGAAAUUUUACUAGAAGAUCCAGAUUUUUGUGAUACCUAUAUUGACUUUUUUUUUUGUUGCCAUUUUUAAAGUGACCUGUUAACAUCUGUAUUGGAUGUCUUCGGUCCCAAUUCAUGAAAUAUUUGCAUGUCAGACACAUGCUUAUUCCUACAGCAUUUUAGUUUGAUCGUGUGUAUUUUCUAGAUUUUUAUUAUUUUCCUUUUUUUUCUCAACAUGUUUGUAUCCAGUGGAGGACAGAAUAAUUUCUGUAAGGAGAAAUUACAAGAAGAGGAAGAGAUUCCCUGUGCGAUCACCCUCUACCAUUGCCAUAACAACAAUAGCAAAGCCCAUGAAGCCAGACAGAAGGAACAAAAACUUGCCAAGAAAAAACUCUGUAUUGCGUCUGUUAUAUGUCUCAUCUUUAUAUUUGCAGAAAUUGCAGGUACGUUGCCAAACAUAUGUCAUUUAUACCAUAUGUAUAUAGUUAGAUACCGAGGUUCUAAACUGAAAUAUCAAUUCAAAUAAACAAAGCAUGCGAUCAGAGAUUAAUAGCCGAACUGGAACUAUAGCUGCAUUUAGGAAUUACUCCAGAUCGAUUACAAUGUUAUCUAUCUUAACGUUUGGAUGUCAGUUUGCUAAAAUGGUAAAAGACAAUUUGAUAACAAUCUCAAUGAAUACCUAGAACAGCGGUUGGCUGUCUAUGAUAUGCGUGGCACACGAGGCCUUUGCACGGCACACAAGGCUGCUAGUCCUAAAUGGACCAGUUGGAAAAAUUAGAGUAUCUCCCUAGCCGGCCCAAGGUGCACUAGGUCCCAAAAUGCAAGGGAGCCUGUGGUCUGCACCUCCAGUGGGUGCAGUCACCAUAACCCAGAGCUCCGGAGUAAUUGAAGCAUUGACGCGGAGCACCAUUGCAAUGCUCAGACUCACUGGUAAAGCACCAAACUGGAGUAAGAUGAAUAAUAGGUCUGCACCUAUGAAAGACAACAGGUUCUACUACUAGACCACCAUGGAUUCAUGAGUGUUCAUGGCCCCCUCCCUGGAGUAAUGUAGGCAGGAGGGAAGGGAGCAAAAAUAAGUAAACAACAAAUUUAAUUCUGUAAGUAGCCCCCCACCCCCCAUGCACACAACACCACUGCAAAGGUCCCCACAUACAACAUACAAACAGCUCACACAUACACAACCCCAAAAUAUUCAACAACACAGGCAGCUCACAUAAACACACACAACACCACUGACAACUCCUCUAAUACAUCCAAAUACACAGUUAACAUCAUAGACAGCAAACCUUAUAGACACAAUACCUUAAAUAACAUGCAUUCAUAACACUACAAACAGGCCCUCACCAGACACAUAAAUACUGAAGGCAGCUCGAAGGGCUUAUCUUAUUGACUGAGAGUAAUCAACUAGCAGCCAGUGCUGAAAGGUGUAGUUCUGGAGGGCUAACAGAAGCUCAGAAAGGCUCUCCUGGCUGCUGACAGGGCGAGGGGAGCAGCACUUGAUUAUAAAAUGGUUUGUCUAUUUACAAAUGGGGGGGGGGAGCAAUCCUGGCACCAUAAACACUACAGAGCUCUGUAAUGUUUAUGGUUAUAGUGUUCCUUUAAUGUAAAAUAAUGAUGCAUUCUAUUUUUAUUUUAAAUGUUUUGGUGGACUACGUUAUACUUUAAUUAUAUAACAAAAGCUAACAGGCAGGGCUUGUGCGAUGAUUACUUAGCAAUCUACAUCAGUUGAUGAAUAGUGAAGGUUUGUGAUCUUAUCUACUCAAACAGUGUUUGAUUCGCUCAAAGAGGACAAGGUUAAAUCUGAUCCAUGAAGGAGAUGCUGGUUUCUUCUUUACGGGUGAAAAUAAUCCUAUUGUAUGAUUUGCAGUUCUUUCAAAAACCCGCAAUUGUGUUUCUAUUGAAUUGUGCGAGUAAGGAGUGGAUUAAAUGUUUAAUGCUUACUAUAGCCCAUAAAGGGAAGUAUCUACGCUGGCUUCCAAAUCUAUCAGAAAUGAAAAGAGCCCUUUUGGAUAAUAAGAACAAUCUAGAUAGCUGAGUUCAAAGCUAUAAUCAAUAUAAAGUGUCCUUAUGUUUAUAGUGGAGAAUAGGAGAAUAACUGGCAUGUUACUAAUAGCCCAGGAAGUCCUACAAUGAAACAGCUGUUAGUGCAAAGGAAAAUCAUAUAUUAGGCAAAAUAUAGGUGGAUAAUCACAGCAUUUAAAACUAUCGUAUGAAAUCACUGAUUUAAGGUUCAAUUACUUAUAAAAUGGUAUAUUAUUUAUAUGAAAAAAGAUUUCUGCUACAGUCGUGGACAAUCCAACAAACAAGAAAUUUAUCUUACUGCAGAAGUGUAUAUUUAUGUAGAAUAGGUUGUAAAACAAUGGCAGUGGAUAGACAGACAGUGUUUCUGAAAAUUCUUAAAGGAGCACUAUAGGGUCAGGAAUACAAAUGUGUAUUCCUGAUCGUAUAGCAUUAAACUAACUAUUUAGCCCCCCCUGGCACCUUUGCCACCCUUAAAUAAAUAGAAAACUUAAUUUAUUCCAGUGCCAUGUGGAUCCGCAGAUGCUGGCCCUACCUCCGAUCCACCUUCUUGGAUGACAUUAUCAGAAUUGACAAUCUUAGCCAAUCCAAUGUUUUUCAUAUAGGAGGAACACUCCCCACUGGCCAAUCAGCAUCUCCUCUUAGAGAUACAUAAAAUCAAUGCAUCUCUGUGGGGAAUUUCCAUGCAGAGUGUUGUGACGCUGAACGUCAGGGCUGCACGCUGUGCAGUACUGACCCUGGGAGCACCUCUACUGGCCGUCUGAGUGACGGCCAUUGGAGGUGUCACUAGGCAACAAUGUAAACACUGCCUUUUCUCAGAAAAUAUUGUUCAAUAUUCCAGCAGAGGAACUCGAGCUAUCACAGACAUUCCUCUCUGGAAAGGCCUAAAAGGAAACUUUUCAUUUUUACUUACCCAAGUAAUUCAAUUAACAUGCUCUAUAUAAUCCACACUGUUCUCUAUGAAUUUCUUUGUACUGCGUGAAUAUAAAUUGUAAAUACAGGUUUACUAAAUAAAUUGCAAAGUAUUGAAAACCACAUUGGUAGGAGCUUAUUUUAUUUUACAAUUAACUCUUGCAGUAAGCAAAUUAAAUUAUGUAUUCAUAAAUGUCAUAAUAAUGCCAGUAUAGUUAGAAAACAAGAUGAAUAAUUUUGAGCAAAAGACACAUACUUAUGGGUUCUUCAAACACGCUUUUCCAUCUUGUCACUAAUAUAUUUAAUUCACGUUUUUAUUAACAGUUUUUCAUUGUUCCGCUCUAAUAGUUGCUAUUAAAAAUAUUCUUUUUUAUAUAUAUAUAUAUAUAUACUAAUUUGAAAAAAUUUAAUUUUAGAAACAGCAGACCUGUAUACAUUAUGGAGAACAUUGUCCAUGUCCACCAGAACCAAAAAGAAAUAUAUACAAUUAUUUAGUGAAACAACAAUUGGUUAAACAUGUAUAUAAAAUUACAAUAAACAGGCAAACAAAUGAUCAACAGUAAUAAUUUACCAGAGUUCUGAAGGGCAGAAACACGAAAAAGUACCCCCAACGUUUCGGCACCAACUGGCUGCCUUUAUCAUAAACGUCCUUGAUAAAGGCAGCCAGUUGGUGCCGAAACGUUGGGGGUUUAUUUUCUCGUGUUUCUUCCCUAUUAGGCUUGUGAGAACUCUGGUAUUAUUAUUGUUGAUCAUUUGUUUGCCUGUUUAUUGUCAUUUUGUAUUUUCUUGUAAGAAACAUGGUUAACCAAUUGUUGGUUCAUUAAAUAAUUGUAUCUAUUUCUUUUUGGUUCUGGUGUUCAUUCUCUUUCAUAUAAUAUUGAUGUUUAUGUUGGUACUAGACGGAGUACCAGUGAGGAAUAGCACCCAGGUGGAUAUUGUCUCUGUUAUUAUAUAGUCUCUCCAUACCCUGUUUUUAGAUAAAAAAAAACGUACACAUUCCUUGUCAUGCUUUGUCAGCUCUCCAUUAUAUAGUUUAAUGGAUAAACAAGGUAACAAAAUCAUAGACAUUUAGGAACUGGCAAAUAGGCUUUUAAAGCAAUAGCGAUGUUUGUAACCUAGUGAUUACCCACCGCCAGUCUUUGCUGGCCCUUUAAGUUCGCUUUCUAAGCGAUAUUUCAGUAUGUUUCUGAGAUUUCUUGAUUUCGGUUUCAGGUGGUUAUAUAGCCGGAAGCCUUGCUGUAGUAACAGACGCAGCCCACCUUUUAGUGGAUCUGUCUAGCUUUCUAAUCAGCCUUUGUUCUCUCUGGCUAUCGUCCAAGCCUGCCACAAGACGACUCACAUUUGGGUGGUUCAGAGCAGGUAACAUAUUAUGUUGUUUUUUUUUGUUUUUUUUAUACAUAACAUAGAAAUUUAAUGUGAAAAUAAUAGGAGCUUGUAAGUAGUGUUGUGUCAUUGUAUUUGUCAAAUAUAUCAAUUUAUUAAGUAUCUCAUCACAUUUUUUGUUAAUUUCUCUUUAAAAUAACACCAUGGUAGAGAUACAUUUAAGUUUGGUGCUGGGGAGGUACAGUGAGUUUAGGGCCUUCUUAGGGUAAGAGAGGACUUAUGCUUGGAGGUCUGAGGUUUAAGGCAGGGGUAGGCAACCUUCAACAUGCCAGAUGUUGUGGACUACAUCUCCCAUAAUCCUCUUACAGCUGGCAAAGCAUCACAGGAGAUGAAGACCACAACAUCUGGAGUGGUGAAGGGUGGUUUAGGGUUUGCCAGCUUUCAGUAGCAGCUGGUACAUUUCUGGCUAGUUGACCCUGAGUUCUCUCUCUCCCUCUGAGUCAAUAUGUACCUAUCCAUGGAAGCUAAAGAUUAAUAUAUUAUUGUUUGGUUGAUUGUUUACAUUUUUGUUCUGUCUGUCUCUCCCUCUGUCCAUUCAUCCAUCCGUCCAUCCAUCUGUCUGUACAUCAUCUCCUUGCUGUCUUUGAAUAUAGUGAAAGUAAAUAACAACCUUUGUUUUAAUUACUAGAAAUGGUUGGUGCUUUGAUGUCUAUGAUAACGAUUUGGGUGGUAACCGGAGUAUUAUUAUACUUGGCCUCUGAGAGAAUACUACACCCAGACUACAAGAUAGAUGGAACAGUGAUGCUCAUAACCUCUGUGUGUGCCUUAGUGGCUAAUUUAAUGUAAGUCAUAUGUAAGCAGCUCCAUAAAUUCAUAAUAUCCUUUUUCAACCUGCUCUCCAUACUCUUGUUUCCUUCCCUUGUGUAAUAGUUUAUUAGCGCUGUGUGGAGUGUGUUCCCUGGGAUUCCAGAAUGGUAUUUAACUUGAGUGGGGCGUUUUCCCUGGGAUUCUUAUCCCACUGCAUUAUGUCCCACUCAGGGCCAGAUUAAGAGUCCAGUGGGCCUGGUGCUGAUAAUUAUGAUGGGCCUAAUUACAAAAUCUUAUUGACCAAAAACACUAAAACAGUCCUACCUCCUAUGUAUCUUAUGGAGGUGGUGCUGGAGGGAAACUCAUAGGAUGCCGCUAUGAGAAAACACAUACCCUAUGCUAAUCUCAUGCUUUCAUCUUUCAAGUAAACCCAUAACCCCUAACAGCAGUGUCCAGUAAAGCAGGAAGCCUAUGGAUGGGGUAAAAGGGUGGGCCACUGACACAAAUCACGUAACCAGAAUAGCCGAAAGAAGCAAACAUACACAAAAAGGGGGCAUGUCUCUGUCCCCAUGUAUCCCAGUGUCCCCAUGUCACUAGGACACUAGGGGACAUUGAGAGACAUUGGGACACUGGGAGACAUGGGGACACUCAGAUACUAGAGAACACUGGGAGACCUGGGGAAACUGAGACUCUUGGGGACACUAAGAGACAUGGAGACACUAGGGACACUGGGAGACUUUGAGAGAUGAGGGGACACUGGGAGACAUUGGGCACUGAGACACUGUGAUACAUAGGGGACACUGUAGACUUGAUAAAGACCUGGGUACAGGUCAAAGCGUUGUGGUGUCCAAUAAACCUGCUUAAAUCUAUCACAGUGAGUGCCUGAGAUUUUUUUAUUUUAUAUUAGGGGACACUGAGACACUAGGAGACAUGGGGACACUGGGAGGCAUUAGGAUACUGAGACACUGGGAGACUAGGGGACUUUGGGAGACUAGGAAACACUGAGACACUAGGGACACUGGCACACUACGGACAUUGAGAGACACCAGGGACACUGGGAGACAUUGGGAUACUGAGAUACUAGGGACAUUGGCUGGUAGACAUGGGAGUGCCCCAUGUCUCCCUCUGUCUCUGUGUCCCCAUGUCUCUCAGUGUCCCUUAGUGUCUCAGUGUCCCCAUGUCGCCCAGUGUCCCCUAGUGUUUGUAUCCCCAUGUCUCCCAGUGUCCCUUAGAGUCUGUGUCACCUAUGUCUCAAAGUGUUCUGAUGUCACUCGGACACUAGGGGACACUUAGAGAAAUUGGGACACUUAGAGAUACCAGGGGACUCUGGGAGACUAGGGGCAUAGACACUAGGGACACUGAGAGACACCAGGGACACUGAGAGACAUGGGGACACUGAGACACUAGGGACACUGGCUGGGAGACAUGGGGACACUGAGAGACUAGGGGCCACUGGGAGACAUGGGGCCACUGUGUCCCUAAUGUCUCAGGGUCCCCAAGUCACUCACCGUCCCCAUGUCUCGUAGGCUCGGAGCUGCUGACUGGACUCUCUGUGCAGAGCUGCUCCCCCGCAGAUCAGUGUGUAGAGAGAGGCAGGAAGGGAGAUGCUGUAACUUCUUAUCUCUGCCUCUCUCCACACAAACAGCGCUGGUAUUGCAGUAUAAUCUCUGUUUAUACUGAGAAAGACAUUUGUAUUGCCGGUAUUACUGCAAUACCGGCACCGGCUAGGCAGCCUCAAAUACCUGGCAACCCUAAAAAAUACAAUGGGCCUAUUCCAUGGGCCUGGGCCUGGGCCUGGGCCUGGGCCUGGAGCUGCAGCUCCAUCAGCCCCUAUGAUAAUCCGGCCCUGGUCCCACUGCGUAUGUAGGCUGGAGUCAAUUGAAUAAAUUCAUUACUAAAACACAUUGCUUUCUCCAUAGCCUUGAACAUCUCUGCAAUUUAUGAUAUCUAUGCUAUUAAAAUAUCAUACAUAUAGAUCACUGUUCACCCACUGUGCCCCAAUAAAACACUUAAAAAAUAACAAAAAUAAAGGGGUGAACAUAUAAUGCCCCCUUCUGUUGCCAGCAGAUGGGGAUAAUAAUAAAAAAAAUGGGGGGAACAUCCUAAUGUCACUUGAUGCCUCCCCCCCAUGGUCAGUGGGUAGUGGCUACUUGUUAUAAAACAGGGAGGAACUAGUAUCUCCUAUAGCUCCCACCUAUGCGUGACAGGUGGUAACUCUAAUUAUAAUACAAGGGUAGAUUUAGUGUGUCCCCCAGCCCCAUCCAUAGGCUCUAAAUAUAAUACGGGGCGGUUAGUGUCCACCCAAGCCCCUAAACAUGGACCAAAGUGUCUUACUUUAUUUUAGUUUGUAGAUUUAUAUAAAAGUGUUUGCUUGCUAGUUUCAAACAAACGUGGUCAAGAAAUGCAUGUCCCUUUAAUUAUAUUAAAGGCCCCCACUUGAUGCCCAAAGGUAGGGUCAUGAACAGUCCCCCCACCAUUCAACAUGGGGAUGGUGCCUUUCUAAAGACUGGACAGCAAUGGCUGCCCAGUUGCUACUAUUUAAGUUUAGUAGAUAUGCCUCCAUCCCUACCUCUCUGCACAUCUACUAAUGAGUACAGUGCAAAAAUCUCUUGUGUGAGUACUAAUUAAGAUAUUUAUUCAAGAAAAUUACUAAUAAAUUACUAAUUAUUACUAAUAUUACUAAUACAUUUCAGCCUAUUGGCCAUGGUGAUCUUACCUUAUGGAACAAUUAACAAAAAUACAUGCUAACCCGUGGUGGGACAAAGGGACCUGGUGCAAAAAAAAGAUUUUUGGACCAUCUACUGAGCAGGAAUGGCCAAAAGGUAGAUCCUAAACUGACGUACAACUCCCACACUGCUUUGUGAGUGGUGGAUCUACUAUUUGCCAUCCUCGCAGGGUUGAAUUUGAGUGCAGUGCCUGUGUGUGAAUGAAGGUGUAUUUUUUUCUGUUUGGAAUAUGUGUAAAUGUUUUUGUAUUUGUGUGUACUGCUGAUGGUGGAAGGUAGAUGUAUAUUUGUGUAUAGUGUUAUUUGAAUGCAAGGGUGUGUUUAUGGAUAGUGUUAGUGUUUGAACGCAGGGGUGUAUUUGUAGUGUUUGCACACAGGGGAGCCUUUGUGUGAAGUAUUAGCAUUUGAUUGCAGGUCAGGUUUUUUGUACAGUAUUGGAGUUUGAAUGCAGUUAUAUGUUUGUUUACAGUGUUGGUUUUUGAAUGCAGGAUUGUUUAUGUGUGUAAUAUUGUGUGUAUUAACAUAUACACACAAAUACAUACACAAAUGCACAUUGCCAAGCACACACAGAAACACACAAGCACUGAUACAUAAAGGCACACACUUACACAUAUACACAGAAAUGCACUCCAAGCGAUAAACAUAAGUAAAGAUACAUAGACAAACACACAUUCAGAGCCACUAACACACACGCAGAGAUACACACACUGACACACAUAGAUACACUAACCCUCUGUCUGAGUCUCCCUCCUGCAGUCCUGCUGUGCGCACUACAAAUGUUUCCCCUCGAUCCCAGUGUGUCUGGCCCCAAACUAGCCUCCUUGCAGCCCUGCCCCCUCUGUUUCAUUGUAACACAUACCGACAGUGCAAGCUUGGUCAAGAAGGACCCUGUAGUACCUGAGCUCUAUAUCUUGCACUGGAUGAUAUCUUGCCUCUGAAUUCUAAAAAUAAGAUCAUGAGCAAAGUAAUCACUCACUGUACCUUUACUGUGGUUUUACAGACUAGCUUUGAUUUUGCAUCAGAAAGGGCAUGGCCACAGUCACGCAGGAGGUCAACAUGAGCACAUGGUGUCUGAAAAUGAGCCUCAGACUAACGCAAGCAUACGGGCAGCCUUUAUCCAUGUCAUUGGGGAUCUGUUCCAGAGCAUCAGCGUGCUAACCAGUGCACUUAUAAUAUAUUUCAAGGUAACUCCUGACAAUCCCUUAUAUCAUAUACUAUCACCUACAUUGGGAUAUACAACAACUCCAGAACAUCUGAUUUCUAAAUAACUAUUGGGUCCUUGCCAAACAUGGAAAAUGUUUCCCUCUGUGUUUGCUUUACAUAAGCAAGUAUUAAAUUUAUGGUGGUAAUCUCUUAACCCCUUAAGGACCAAACUUCUGGAAUAAAAGGGAAUCAUGACAUGUCAUACAUGUCAUGUGUCCUUAAGGGGUUAAACAGGUCCUCUAGAGCAGGGGUGGGGAGCCUUCGGCCCUCAAGAUAUUUUGGACUACAUUUCCCUUGAUGCUUUGCCAGCAUGAUGGCUGUAAGAGCAUUAUUGGAGAUUCCCCACCCCUGCUCUAAAAGGACCACUUUGUAACAUAGCUGAUCAGAUUAUAAUUAUUAUUUGCAUUUAUAUAACCCUAGCAUAAUUCACAGCGCUUUAAAUUUAUAGACAAGAGGUAGUCAAGUCAAUUAACUGACAUUCAUUAAUUACAAUAAUUAGUGCACGAUAACAAGACUAACACUUAUUCUCUGACUUUUUCUCUGUAUUAUCUACAUAUUGAGAAAUCUAUGCUCUGAACUGGAAUUGGAACUUUUAGGCCAAAAUAACAUAAGUGGACAAAUGUUUUACUAUUUUCCUAACCAUUAUUUUAGUCAAAUAUUUGCAAUUCCUUAAUGAUUCCUACUAUUUCUCAGUUUAAUAACCUUAUGUGAUUAGAAUUUCACAUUUUAUUUUUUCUUUCUUAGUACAUGAAUUUUCUCAAACUUUUCCCCCAUUAAAUAAACAUUAGCUUAUUAAGCCCUAUAAUACAUAAUUUCUCUUCUACCUUUAAUGUAAAUGUUGUUUUGUGACUUUUCCUGAGAACGUUUUCUAAUCUUAAAUAUUGUUUUUUUUUUUAUUCUUUCAGCCACAGUACAAGAUAGCAGAUUCAAUCUGUACCUUCAUAUUUUCCAUUUUUGUUCUGGCCACUACCUUCACAGUGUUGAGAGAUGUUUUAAUCGUCUUAAUGGAAGGCGAGUAUUAUUAAUACCAUUGAACUGUUGGGUUUAUAAAAUUCUUUCAUUGCUAUAGUAACAUGACAACAAUCCGAUGCUAAAACCAAACCAGGAACUGCACUCUUCCAAAUCCAUAAACUUAGGUGCAGCCAAACCAGAGGCCAGCACCAAGCCUCUGAAUGUAAUUAGUAGUCGAAAAAGGUCCAGGAAAGAAAAUAUAGGCAAAUUUAUUGGACUCAAGUGUCCAGCAACGUUUCGACCAGAACAUUUUUUUUUCAACUUGAAGAUGUUUUGUUUUUUUGGUCGAAACAUUGCUGGACACUUGAGUCAAAUAAAUUUGCCUAUUUAUACUUUGGAGUGCCUGAAACAUUUUUUUGACUAUAAGCAAUCUAGUGCUCUCUGUGCAUUCCAUGACCCACUGGAUACUUAAAAAAUUGGUUGUUAAAUUAUUUAAUUGUGUUUUAAUUUCUGUAAUGUAAUGGAUGAAUCAAUGGUCUGUCCAACCACCUUGAUUGCUAUCGAGUGGACUAUCUAUUUUAAAGGAAAAAUCUGUACAACUAUUAUUCUAAAAAGGCUAUUUGCAUGUAAAGUCACCUACUGCAGCCAGUUCUCACUAAAUACAAAAUGACCUCUUCCUGCCACAUAGCACAUAAACAUGUAUUCAAUGGACACUCCAUGCACCAAUAAAACUUUAAUUGAUUUUUGGCCUCAUUAAUAUUCUGUAUUUUUGCAUGCUCAAAUCUUUAUAGUUUUUGCAUAAUUGUUUUUUUUUUGCAGAAUGCUGAACUAUAAGACUGCCUAUUAAGCCACACCCUCUUACUCCAGAAAAAUACUUCCUUAUCAAAUGUAUGCACUGGUGUCCGGAAUGUCCUUUUAACCCCACAAGGGUAUAAGUCAAAGCAUAUAUUAAUUUGUACUGUUAGACCAUCAUAUGCAACCUGGGUGAACCAAGUUGCAACUCACUUCACUGAAAAGAUUUCUAAAAUCAAAAAAGAUAUCUCUAACCUCUCUCCCUCCAAUGCAUCUGCCAAUACAUCACCCAACCACACUCACUCCACUGUUCUAUGCUCAUUCACACCUACUACAACGGAAGAGGUUUCUGCUCUGCUCCAGUCCUCCCGCCCCACCACCUGUUCCCUCGAUCCUAUUCCCUCAUAUCUCCUCUGCACUGUCUCCCUCUCUUGCUCUUCCUCUCACUAAAAUCUUCAAUCUUUCCCUUUCCCCCGGCACAUUUCCUUCACCCUUCAAGCAUGCAACCAUAAUGCAGAUUCUGAAAAAGCCCAACCUUGACCCCAACUCCCCAUCCAACUAGCGCCCUAUAUAGCUACUGCCGUUUUCCUCCAAGAUUCCUAAGAGUUGUGUAUGCAAAAUUGACAGACUUCCUCAAAUCCAUCUCUCUGCUUGACCUGCUUCAGUCUGGAUUCCACGCUCGUCACUCUUUUGAAACAGCUGUGACCAAAGUAUCCAACGAUUUAAUUGCUGCAAAAUCUCACGGCCAUUACUCUAUCCUAAUUCUCCUUGAUCUUUCUGCUGCCUUUGACACUGUUGAUCAUCAACCGCUUCGUCUCAUUCUCCAUAAUCUCGGUCUAUGGGAUACUGCUCUCUCCUGGUGCUCCUCCUACCUCUCCUACUCUCACCCCUUCGCUCUGCCGAAGACCUACGUCUAUCCCAUGUCCGUACUCCCACAUGCUCGCCUCCAAGACUUCUCCAGAGCUGUACCAAAGAUAUCAGACAAAGUAUCAAAAACACAAUAAAUAAAUGUAAAUCAGCCUUUUUAAUUUUUUUGUUUUAUUGCAGCUGUCCUUGUAACAUGUUUCUUUUUGUAGAACGCACAAAAAAUUCUCAACUAUUCAAAAGCUCUAAAUUAUUAUGAGAUCUAACCUGCGGGUGUCAAAUAUAAAAAAAUGAGACGGCCGAAUAGACAUUCAUUUUUUUUCAUUGUAGGACUUUCCCUUUGUCAGUAGGCAGAUAAUAAAACCAAGGUACAGAUAUAUAGAAGAGGCUUUAGUGCCGUAAAAUAUUCAAUUAGCAAAAAACACAACUGAUGAACAUGUUAAAACACACUGCAGUUACAAUGUAGCUUCUGCAACUCAAUCUGAGUUUUCAUGAAAUGUUUUGUGAACAUUAAAUUAUUGCCGAGGGCAGAGUAUGACUUCUCAUUUUUUUCUUUCCGUUGCUACUUAAAUUAAAUGCCUAUUUAAAGCAUAUCAUUAUUUUUUGCAGGUACUCCACGAGGUAUUAAUUAUAGCGCUGUGAAACAGAACAUUUUAGCAGUAGACGGAGUUAAAUCAGUCCAUAGCCUUCACCUUUGGGCUUUGACAAUGAACCAAAUCAUCCUUUCAGUUCAUGUUGCUACAGGUCAGUAAACGUAUGUGUGCGUACAGAACAAAAGUUCAAUUGUUGAAGACUAAAGACGGGUAUAUAUUCUUUCAAAUGAAAGCGUACCUGUCAUUCCAUCACACACCGGCCUACAGCAAAAUAUGCUUCUGUGGUGUGACCAGCUGCUUAACUCAGAGAUUUUGCUAUCAGAAAAUACAAUGACCAAGGCUUUGAAUGACCCAUUUGUCACUGCAAGAAAUAUAUUGCAGGCAAGUUAUCACUCAUAGACACUGCAUAUAAGUGGCUUUCUGGAGUCUGAAAAGGCAACCCUUCUAGCUUUAACAAUGCACAGUGUGACAAUGGUGAAAGAAAGUAUAUUAAGCACACUGAAAAGGAACUGUAAAGUCCAACUACGUUCUAGGAUACAGUGAUAUUACCGAAAGCUCUAUCCUUUCAGGACUGCAACUGUAACAUAUAUAAUUGGUGACCGGUAAAAUAUGUGACGCCAGUACUUACAAAUUGACAGUGAUACUAAUAUAUCUAAAACAAAGUAUCUCAUCUUCUAAAAAUACUUAAAUAUUCUGUAUGUGAAAUAAUAUAUCACCAGUGAUUAUAUUUUUCUUAAUAGGAUAUUUAUUUACCACUAAUUUUCAUUUCGUAGAAAUAAAUUUUAAAAUACGUAUUUGUAGGCGUCAUGCUAUUUGGUACAUAGUAGUGCAAUCUGAAGAAAUGCGUACAGUUCCUUUUUGUUAUAUUUAAUGAAUAACCUUGACAUUCCUAAUGAAAUUAAUAAGAUAAUGCAAUCUAAACAAACACAUUAUAUAUUAUAUUUUCUAAGGACAACACAUAAAAAUUAUUUUAAACUUAUACAAAAAAUACAAAAACACUAAACUAAGUACCGACUAUUGUUAAAUACCAAGGUAAACCAUAAAUAUCAUGAAUCUGAAUAUUGUGCAUUAAUAUAUAUAUUACCGAUUAUUAUUUAAGGGGAAACUAUAGUCCCAAAAAUAACAAUUGUUUUUCAGGACUAUAGGUUUCCUACUGUUCACCAUCAUUUGUCCAUCACCCUUUGUUUUUGUUUGUUUUUGUUUUUAAAAAAAAGAAAGAUUAAAAAAACAACUUAUCUCGUUUCCUACGGUAGGAUUUAUCUGUUGCAGCCACCCGCAAUGGUUUGGAAAUAAAUUGACCAGGCGAUUGCCGCACUCCUCCAAUCAAAUGCUGCUAUCAGCAGCAUGUGAUUCCUGGACCGAGUUUUAUUUAAAUCUGGAAGACAGCCUCUAGUGCCUGUCAGAAAUACUGAUGCUAGCGGUAUAUUUAAUCCUGCAAUAUAAAUACUUCAGUUUUCACAAAAAUGCAAUGUUUUAAAUUGCAAGGGUAAAAUGACAGGACCAUUACACCCAGAUCACUUAAUUGAGAUGAAGUGGUCUGGGUAACUUUAUCGGUCCUUUAAAUACAAGAAUUUGGUUGUCAGUGUUAUUAUAUUCAUAUGUUCAAAACCAACUGCAAAACCAACUAUGAAAAACAUCAAUUAACAAUUGUUUCUUUAUCCUUAAACUAUUAAAAUACAUGUCCUAGAGCAGAGGUGCCCAAUAGGUAGAUCUCCAGAUGUUGUAGAACUACAGCUACCAUGAUGCUUUGCAGUGAGUAUGGUGUCUGGAGUGCCUUGGUGCUGUGCUACUGCUAAAAGUCAAAUAGUUUUCUAAUGGUUUGAAUCUUACAUAAGUCUCCUGGGUACCUGAAAUUCUGUUGCUUUUCAUUAAAUUGCUAAAGUGUUCCACUUCCUUAAGAAAUAGCAGUUUUGUUAGGAUGGAGUUCCUUGGCUGGGAACAUCAGCAGAUGCUGUCAACAAACGAAUUCCAUCCAAAGAUGGACGUAAUCAAUGUGGAUAGUGUCUGGUUUAUUCAUAUGCCAGUCUCUGAAUUUGGUAAUCUCUGUAUUGUGAACCAUUGAUGGUCUUUGUGGACUGAAGUGAGAGACAGAUUUCACACCUAAGGGAAAAGUGGCUCAUCGAGAUCCUUCCAGGUUCAAAUGUGAAAUUUAUCAGAGAUAAAGCAACAAAUCACUUGCACAGUUACAUUUAUUAAUUUCUCAUUAAUGUUUGAAAUAUUGCUUCCACACUGCUAUUUAUUUUAACGAAAAAGGAAGAGACUAAGAACCUUGCUCCCCUGAGACCCAUUGCUUUUUAAUAUUUUAUUGUACUACUAAAACUAAGAGACUGAUAUCUUGGUUUGUUUGAUUCUCCUGGUGGCUUACAAAAAAAGUAUUUUGGAACAUUAGAACAUUAAAUAUAAUAAGAGAGAGAGAGAGAGAGAGAGAGAGAGAGAGAGAGAGAGAGAGAGAGAGAGAGAGUGUAUGUUUUGUUGUUUCAACCUGCAUUGAUUUUUAUUUUUAAUCAUUUUCAGAAAAUCUAAAUGAUUCCAAAAGAAUUCUGAAGGAAGUUACCCAGAGUGUUUUUGACAGCUUUCCCUUUCACUCCGUUACCAUUCAGAUCGAAUCUGUAGAUGAGCAGGUCCCUGAUUGUAUGUUCUGCUAUGAGCCAACAGGAUGAAUCCAUUUCUUUUUAGGAAACCUCAGACUACACAAGCUAAUGACUGUGCUUCUUUUAAUGUAAAAUGUGUCAACAUUGGGAAUUGCGUGUGUGAUAUGAUGGGUCAUUGAAAUUUUAAUAUUAGCCCACCUGUUCUCCGUUUCUUUUUUAAACUUUGGCAGAAAAACAUCCACCUAAAGAAGGUUUAAUUGUAGUUCUUAUUCUAGAAUCACCGGUGGGUUCACAGCUAUGUGCUGUCCAGUUAAGACAUUUUUUACAAGCAAUCAAGCAGGAUCGUAUUUCCAUGUUCUGAGGUUGGUAGUAAGGCAGUUAUACCUGUAGCAGAACUUGAUGUUAAGCAGUCGAUAAUUGUCACAAGUAUGCUCUGAUUAUAGAGAUGAUUUGAAGUCCUGCUCCCAAUUUCUAUGCCAAGUAAGACUUAUAACACAUUUUUGUUGAAGAUCUGUCAAUGAAGGUUUAGUUGAAAUGCCAUUAGACUAAUCGGUUCUAGACUGAUGUUUUUAUAUUCCACAAUUAUAUUGAAACAUAUGUACUGCACUGGAUUUAACUAGAAUAAUAUCUACCUCUUACUUCACCCACCAUUCCACCCAUAUUCUUAUCUUCUUUCCUCCUACCACUUGUUUAACUAAUCAUUCUUCCUUCUACUCGCCAGGUUUCACAUCUUGACUCACACUAAGCUUUCUCUAAUCUUUUUUCCCUACGUCAACGAUCACAUUUAUUUUCUUUCUUAACUCUGUGUCUAAAUACAACCCACAACACUCAUUGAAAAUCAGAUAACUUGUUUUAAUAUCACUUGUAAAAAAAUAAAAUAAUAAUAAUACAAUGAAUUUACUACCAAAGUGUUCAUGUUUAAAUCACCUUUCCCAUGAUAGAAAAAAAUAGUUUACUGGAAACUGUAAGGUUUAAACCAGGCCUGUCCAACCUGCGGCCCCCCAGAUGUUGCUGAACUACAACUUCCAUGAUUCUUUCAAUUAAACAGAUAGCCAGGGAAUCAUGGGAGUUGUAGUAUAGCAACAUCUGGGGGGCCGCAGGUUGGACAGCCCUGGUUUAAACAUUGAUUCCGCUUAUCCACCAAAUGCAUCUAAAGUUGAUUUUUUUUGUGUGUGUAUUUAAGAUUUGUUGAGAUCUUGUUUGUUUGACUUUGAAUUCUAAUUUUCUUAAUUUCCCCUACUCAACCUGUCAAUAUUACUCUUUAAAACAAGUAAUUGCAUCUUCCAAUGUACUGUGUUCUUCUAAACAAGUAUACGAGAAAGGCAUUUGCACUUUGCAUAGAUAUGUUUAGUAAAUAUCAAAUGGAACUUUUCUAUGUCUGAUUUAUAGUGUAUUCAUUCCAGUAAACACAAUUUUAGACCUGCUUUUGUCAUAUUGUAGCAGACAUGUACAUAAAACUAUCUUAUCUCUGCAGACGUAACUGCUAAAUGGGUGCAGCCACUAUAUUCAGUGCAAGCACGCAUUCUUGACACUAUAGGGUUUAACUAUAACUAACUAUUUAGGUUCUGAGCCCUUCCUAGUUCGCUUAGGAUAUGUGUUUUUACUAACCUUUUCUCCAUCGCCACACUGUUCUUACAGCUGCUGGCCCAGCCUCCAUGACUGUGAUUAUCAAUCUUGAUAAGCUCAACCUAUCUAAUCCUUUCCCAUAGCAAAACAAUUGGAAGUUUAUGGCACAUGCGCAGAAAAAUGCCGCCUGCGCCAGUCAGCAUCUCCUUAUAGAGAUGCAUUGAAUCAGCGCAUCUCUAUGGGGAUCUUUCAGCUUCUCAAUUCAGAGCACGGAGACACUGAGCUGCACACUGUGCAGAACUGGGCUAGGAGGCACCUCUACUGGCCUUCUGAGUGACUGCCACUAGAGGCGUUUUCUCUCAAAAGUACAUGCUAUAGUGGUCAGAACCCCUUCAUAAAGCUGUAGUGGUUCUGGUGACUAUAGAGUCCCGUUAAUGAAUUUGCAGAAUGUUCCUGCUAGAAAUGUAAUUCUAUUUACCUUUUUCUUGAUUUGUCUUCCUUCUACUAAGGUAGGUAAGUCCACACUACACCCAUUAGGCCAAAUGAAUUCAUCUUUGUAGAUUUGAGAGUUUACCAUGAUAAGUCCACAUUCAAAGACAUAUUUCAGGCCUUUGAAUGAAUUGUUUGGAGAGUUUACAUUGGAGAUGAUAUUGCUAAAAUAGGACAUGAAAAUGGAUUUGCUUGCAUUAAAUAUUUAUAUA